GAGGAAAGCUUUUAAAAAAUGGCUGCGUUUGCAGGUUUUCGUAUAAUGGAGUCCGCUGCUGAUGAUGUAUCCGACGAAGCAUCAGUUAACUUAGUUGUAGGCCAUAGUCUUCAACAAGCAAGUACUUCUGCCAGUUCUGCAAGUCCAGCUUCUGAUGCAGUUCAGCUCGAAAGUCCUGACAGCUUGCCUGCUACUUCACCUGCUGCCAGUAGGGACAAAGAGCCAGAAAUUGGACCAUAUUGUUCUGCAGCUGGACUGAGACCAAUCCACUUUCUAAAGCAAGAUGCAACUGUGUAUCCAGAACUUGCCACAGAUUUAAUCAAGAAUGGACUUGUCUUAGAACUUCAUAAAUUUCUAACUAAACAGGGGUACAAAGCUAAUUUUGUAGUAAAAACACUCGUUAAAUUAUGCCCACAGGAAGAUGUCAAAGAAGAUGCGUUGCGUAUGGCUGUGCAAAGGCUAGUGGAACAUGAAAAAAAAUUAGUACGAAAUAAGAAAGGAGAAGCACGUGUGAAAGCUUUGAAAGAAAUGAGAGAUCAAGAUUUCAAUAUGUUACGGAAAAGAAUGCUAAAGGUUCCAGACACCCCAAGAAAAAAAAAAACUUAGGGCUGAACUAAAGAAGGAGAGGAUUGCUCAUCAUGCUGUGAGAAGCAAACUUGCAAUGACUGAACCAGCGCUUGAUUUACUGAAGAAUUAUGAAGACAGGAAUGAAGCCCUUGAAGAAAUGCUGCAUGAAGAGAGACAAGCCAAAGUCACAACACAAACCAAGAACACUACUCUCGAAGAAGAAAAUAGGGACUUACAGGCAUCUUUAGCUACACUUGAAGCAAAAUAUGCUGUUGUUAUGGAAGAGCUAGAUAACUUGAGCAAAUUAUUUGACCCAACGAAAGAUGAUUUAGACAAAUACAGAACAGCCUAUGAACAUUCAUCGACUGUACUUGAUGAUCUGGAAAAUCAGUUAGCGGAUGCAAAGAAAAAGUUGACCAGUUUGAAUACAAGGAAUGUCAACAAGAAAAUUAAAAGAAGAGAUGCAACUAUUUCUCACUUAACACAAAAGGAAAGUAAUCUUUUAGAUGAAGUACAGGAACUAAAGGAAGAAUUAAAUGAUACAAAGGCUAAACUUAAUGAAUCUAUCAUAGCAAAGCAGAAAAUUGUGGAGAAGCUAAGUGCUAAAGGGAACCAAAAAAAAAAGGUAGAUAAACGUGCCUGGAGACUAAAACAACAGCUGUUAUGUCAAACAACAGAGUCAUCAUACUCAGAAGAUGAUGUAAAACAGCUAGAAGAUCGCAUAGAUUUUCUAAAUUCAAAAAACAAGGAACUUGAGCAGCUAAUAGCACUGAUGGAAGAGGAUGUUAUUGUAGGAUUUCAAGGUGGCCGUUACAAGGAUGAAGUGAGGGAAACUAUAAUCUCACUGCUUCAAAUGAAUGUUGCUAUGUCUAAAGUAAAUGACGUCAUUCAAAUUGUACUAAAGAAAUUCACAGGAAAAAAAGUAGAUCGGUUGCCAACUCUUGGAAAAAUUUCCCAAAUCAGCUUGGAGGCCAGGUAUUUAGCUGACGUUGAAGUUGCUCUUGCAAUGCAAGCAAACAAACCUGAUGAUGUCUUGGGUAAUUGCAUACAUGGCGAUGGUACAACUAAGUACCACAAGAAGUGGCAAAAUUUUCAGGUUACACUACCAAAUGGAGAGGCUCGUACGAUGGGUCUGAUGCAGAUGGCUGGAGGCGACACAGAAUCUGUGAUGGAUGCUUUUAAAGAAAGAAUAAUGGAGCUUGCAGAUACGCUUGAUACAGUGGAAGGAAGUUCUGGUAGAAAAGAACAGCUGUAUGAAGAGUUGAUUACCACUAUAAAAAGCACAAUGACUGAUCAAGGCCCAUCAAUGCCACAGUUCAGUGCAAAACUAGAGGCGUUACGAACGAGCCUUUUACCAAAAGUGGUAAAGCACUGGGAGACCUUGCCGACAGAGGUGCAAGAAAAUGUAGCAGAAUUUGGGACAUUUUUUUGCAAAAUGCACCCCUUAAUAAAUUUUGCAGAAGAAAUUAAUAAAGUGCUUAAGUCAUUGGAAGACAUAACCUCCAAUGGAAAAAACAUACACACAAUUGCCACGGCUGAAGCAGGUGUUACUCGCCUAGUUCGAACUGCAAGCAAGGCUUUCCAUCAUAGGGGCUCAGACCAAAGUGGGGCAGAAGAUGUGUUCACCUCAUACCUAUCUAACCAAUACAACACCCACAACCACCUUCCAUACUAUGUGGGGAACAGAGCGAACAUUAUUUUUGAGUCUGCUGCAGCAACUUAUUUCCAUGUAGAUCACAUAAUAACAUUUGUGCAGAGCCUUCCUGAACCAAAUAAGUUGCUACAAGCUGUUGCAGAAGAUGCUGGAGAAAUGAUUAACAGGGCAGAACUACGAGCACUGGGCAUUCUCUUUAAGUGUGUUACAGCUCCAUUGUGGCAUCGUAUUAAGAAUGCAGAUAACGUAUUGUCAUUAAAUCCUACAUUACAUCAGCUUCAAGAAAAAUUGGAAAAGUGGAAAGACGAUGCUACUGAUCUAUUUAAUGGAGAGACUGUAUUUGAUGAUGCUGUUGUAGAGAAAGAUGACAUUUACGAGGCCUUAUUUAAGGACUGUGAUGACCCACAGAUGGAAAUUCUAUGCAUCCAAGCAUUGGAACUAACUACAUGUGCAAUGCUCUUAAUCCUUAACAGGCAAUGUGCUGAUCAACUUCCAGGAGGGAAAUACUGGAACCUGGAUGAACAGCGGACCAGCAAAUACCAAAAUGUCCCAUCAACAAACAUGAUUGGGGAACGAGAUUUUGCAAUGUUGGACUGCCUUAUUAGACAGAAGCCUAAUGUGCGUUGCACCCAUUUAGAAACAUUGAUUAUGUGGUCCAACAAUGGUACUAGAUUAUGGCUGGAUGGCUUGGAUCCAGAGACAAAGGCCAAAUAUAUGGCCCAAGCAAGAGCGCAUGCCCCUGAAAUUCAAGAGAGAUACAAGAAACGUAUUCAGGAAAUAAAAAAGCAGAGGUGGAUUAAUCUGCAAGAAAAGCAAAAGAAAAAAAUUGAAAAAGAACAAAAGAAAGUGCAUGACCGAGUAAAGCUGACAAAUGAUAUAACAUCGCAGGGUGGAAUAUGGUGCACAGAAGAAGAUAUUGAGCAUCACUAUGAAGGGCUGUGUAGAAACAACAAUGAUGAAACAGUAAGGCGUGCGAUAUACGCCCAACUAAACUUCCACCAGAAAAUACUGCAAGCAAAGGCACCACUGAAAGAAUACUUCCAGCUCUCAAGAUCUGUAAAUGGAAAACCUGUGAAAUAUACAAAACAGGAAAUGAAAACUCAUUUGGUAGAAAUCAUCACAGCCAAUGACUUAAGUUCUGUUGCUGACAAACAGCCAGAAGAAUUAAUGGACAUUGCUGAAGAGCAGCCUCCUGAACCAGUUAAGUACAUUGAUCCUGAAAUUCAGAGUGGGAGCUAUGCCGACCUCAAAGUCCAGCUUGCAGGUAGAAUAGAGGCUGUCUCUUAUACACAUCUAGAUGUGUAUAAGAGACAGUUCGCGAACAAGGAUUGUAUUGGUGCAGCAUUACUCCAGGAAACGGCUGGAGAAAUAUUUCCAGUUUCAUAUGCGAGUAAGAAACUCAAUGAGACCCAAAAGAGAUAUUCGGUUAUUGAAAAGGAAUGUCUUGCAAUUAUAUGGGGAGUCCAAAGAUUUGAACCCUACCUUUAUGGUAGAGAGUUUGUGAUCCAAAGAGAUCACCAGCCUCUCACAUCUCUUAGAAAAACACAGGUGGCAAAUGGUCGCAUCUUACGAUGGGCUCUUAUUUUACAACUUUCAGAUACCGAAUCAGGGUCAUAA